CAAACCGUUGCUAACGUUAGCUCAUUGAAAACGUUUCUAACGUGUACUGAUGUGUCAGUUUUAAUAGAGAGUUGUUUUGUCUUAUCUCAGAUUAAUAUUUUAUCACUUAACGAUGAGUUCAGUCCAGAAUCUGAGAGAGUUGAUCAACCAGCGACUAACUGCUGCUGCUGAAGAAAUAUUCACAGAGUUUGAGAAAACCAUCGUCCAGUACGAGGAGGAGAUCGAUCGUCAGCGCAGACUGCUGGAUAACAUCUGGAAACCUGAGAUAAAGUUACACACAACAGACCUUCUGCAGCAACAUGUCCAGGAGGAGAAUGUUCUUGCUGAGCAGAAUCUCUGCAACCAGGAGAGGAACUCCAGUGUGGACCAGGGUGAUCCAGAUUCUUCACAGAUGAAAGAAGAACAGGAGGAACUGUGCACCAGUGGGGAGGGAGAGCAUCUUGCACUGAUGCAAGAGGCUGAUACACUGGUUCAUUGUAAAUCCAACUGUGUAGAAAUAUCCAGAGAAAUUUCUGGAGUGUCUGAUAAACCAGUCGGCCAGUUGGAUGAAGAGAUUGAUUAUCAGCCCAGGCUGCUGGAUCCCUUCUGGAAACCACAAAUAAUAUUACACAGAAUUGAUCACCCACAUCAAGAUGUCUGGAAAGAGAGGAAUGGUCUUGCUCAGCAGCAGCUCCGUAACCAGGAGAAGAAGUUUUGUCUGGAGCAGGAGGACCCAACGCCUCCACAGAUUAAAGAGGAAGAGGAGAAAUUCAUCACUUGUUUGGACCAGAAAGACCCAGAGACUCCACAGAUUAAAGAGGAAGUGACGGAAUUCUGCACCAGCCUGGACCAGAAAGACCCAGAACCUUCACAGAUUAAAGAGGAACCGGAGGAACUCUGUACCAGUCAGCAGAAAGAGCAGAUUGUACUGAAUCAAGCUACUGAUACCUUUCUGUUGACUUCAACUGAUAAGGACGGAAGGAGGAAUGGUCUUGCUCAUCAGCAGCUCCAUAACCAGGAGAAGAAAUUUAAUCUGAAUCAGGAGGACCCAACGCCUCCACAGAUUAAAGAGGAAGAGGAGAAAUUCAACACUUGUCUGCACCAGAACGACCCAGAGACUCCACAGAUUAAAGAGGAACCGGAGGAACUCUGUACCAGUCAGCAGAAAGAGCAGAUUGUACUGAAUCAAGCUACUGAUACCUUUCUAUUGACUUCAGCUGAUGAGGACGGUGAUCACAGUGAACUAGAACCAAACAGGGACCAGCUCCUCUCUUCCAAUUCACCAGUAGCUGAGAGCCCACAUCAGGAGGGAAGUAAGCAUGUAGACUCAGGGUCAACUAGAAAUGCAGUGCUGAAGCCAAACAAGAGUCAUAACAGAGAGAGCAGUCAGAGUAACAAUGUAGACAAGUCUUCAUUGUCAGGAAGUCACUGUGAUACAGACACAGGUAGAAAGUCUUUAAAAUGUGAUGUUUGUGGAAAGACCUUUAAGAAUAAGUACCAAAUGAAGAAACAUCACCAAAUCCACAACAGUGUAAAACCAAGUGCUGACAAUGCAUGCAGAAAAAUAUGUAAUUUACGCUCUGACCUGAAAGUCCAUAUGAUAAUUGACAAAGGUGACCAACGGUUUUCUUGUGAAACAUGUGGGAAACGUUUCAGCAAAAAUAGUCAUCUGAAAGUCCACAUGAGAGCUCACACAGGUGACAAGCCAUAUUCUUGUGAGACGUGUGGCAAAAGUUUCUUUCAGAAUACAACCUUGUUGUUCCACAUGACAACUCACAACAGUGAGAAAGCAUUUUGCUGUAACAGAUGUGGGAAAAAAUUCAACAGAAGUGAUGUUCUAUAUGUCCACAUGAGAACUCACACAGGUGAGAGGCCGUAUUCUUGUAAAACCUGCGGAAAAAGUUUCAGUCACAAAAGAUGUCUGACUAGCCACAUGAGAACUCAUACUGGUGAAAAGCCAUAUUCUUGUGACAGAUGUGGGAAAAGGUUCAGUGAACGUAGUCAUCUGACUGAGCACAUGAGAACUCACACAGGUGAGAGGCCAUAUUCUUGUAAAGCCUGUGGUAAAAGUUUCAGUCAAAGAAGUAGUCUGACUAAACACAUGAGAACUCACACAGGUGAAAGGCCAUAUUCUUGUGACAGAUGUGGGAAAAGGUUCAGUGAACGUAGUAAUCUGACUGAGCACAUAAGAAUUCACACAGGUGAGAGGCCAUAUUCUUGUAAAGCCUGUGGUAAAAGUUUCAGUCACAGUAGUAGUCUGAUUAAUCACAUGAGAACUCACACAGGUGAGAAGCCGUGUUCUUGUAAAACCUGUGGACAAAGUUUCCGUCACAACAGUAAUCUGACUAGCCACAUGAGAACUCAUACAGGUGAAAAGCCAUAUUCUUGUGACAGAUGUGGGAAAAGGUUCAGUGAACGUAGUAAUCUGACUGAGCACACGAGAACUCACACAGGUGAGAAGCCAUAUUCUUGUAAAGCCUGUGGUAAAAGUUUCAGUCACAGUAGUCGUCUGACUACCCACAUGAGAACUCAUACAGGUGAGAGGCCAUAUUCUUGUGACAGAUGUGGGAAAAGGUUCAGUGAACGUAGUAAUCUGACUGAGCACAUGAGAACUCACACAGGUGAGAGGCCAUAUUCUUGUCAAGCCUGUGGUAAAAGUUUCAGUUACAGUAGUAAUCUGACUAAACACAUGAGAACUCACACAGGUGAGAAGCCAUAUUCUUGUAAAACCUGUGGAAAAAGUUUCCGUCACAGUGGUCAUCUGACUAGACACAUGAGAACUCACACAGGUGAGACGCUGUAUGGUUCCUGGACGAAAGGUGGCUCUGACCUGAUGCUGCUGCAACUGGAUGGGGGUGUCAUCCCUCUCUGGAAGAGCAGUGAAGGUGUGGGCCUGUCUGUUGCGUUGGUCAAAACGAGCAAAGACCUGGUUCAGAGUGUCCGCAUAGACCUUCUGCAGCAACAUGUCCAGGAGCAGAAUGUUCUUCCUGAGCAGAAUCUCUGCAACCACGAGAGGAACUCCAGUGUGGACCAGGGUGAUCCAGAUUCUUCACAGAUGAAAGAGGAACAGGAGGAACUGUGCACCAGUGGGGAGGGAGAGCAUCUUGCACUGAUGCAAGAGGCUAACACACUGGUUCAGUGUAAAUCCAACUGUGGAGAAAUAUCCAGAGAAAUAUUUCUUGUGUCUGAUAAACCAGUCAGCAAGUUGGAUGAAGAGAUUGAUUAUCAGCCCAGGCUGCUGGAUCCCUUCUGGAAACCACGAAUAAGAUUACACAGAAUUGAGGUGCAUGACUUUAUAUUGCUGUUGAGGAUGAGCCAAUGUGAGGAACAAUAUCACCCACAUCAAGAUAUCUGGAAAGAGGGGAAUGGUCUUGCUCAUCAGCAGCUCCAUAACCAGGAGAAUAAAUUUAAUCUGAAUCAGGAGGACCCAACGCCUCCACAGAUUAAAGAGGAAGAGGAGAAAUUCAACACUUGUCUGCACCAGAACGACCCAGAGACUCCACAGAUUAAAGAGGAACCGGAGGAACUCUGUACCAGUCAGCAGAAAGAGCAGAUUAGAGUUGUUUUGCCGUGUCUCGGAUUAAUAUUUUAUCACUUAAAGAUGAGUUCAGUCCAGAAUCUGAGAGAGUUGAUCAACCAGCGACUAACUGCUGCUGCUGAAGAAAUAUUCACAGAGUUUGAGAAAACCAUCGUCCAGUACGAGGAGGAGAUCGAUCGUCAGCGCAGACUGCUGGAUAACAUCUGGAAACCUGAGAUAAAGUUACACACAACAGACCUUCUGCAGCAACAUGUCCAGGAGGAGAAUGUUCUUGCUGAGCAGAAUCUCUGCAACCAGGAGAGGAACUCCAAUGUGGACCAGGAUGAUCCAGAUUCUUCACAGAUGAAAGAGGAACAGGAGGAACUGUGCACCAGUGGGGAGGGAGAGCAUCUUGCACUGAUGCAAGAGGCUGAUACACUGGUUCAGUGUAAAUCCAACUGUGUAGAAAUAUCCAGAGAAAUUUCUGGAGUGUCUGAUAAACCAGUCGGCCAGUUGGAUGAAGAGAUUGAUUAUCAGCCCAGGCUGCUGGAUCCCUUCUGGAAACCACGAAUAAUAUUACACAGAAUUGAUCACCCACAUCAAGAUGUCUGGAAAGAGAGGAAUGGUCUUGCUCAUCAGCAGCUCCGUAACCAGGAGAAGAAGUUUCGUCUGGAGCAGGAGGACCCAGAGAUUCCACAGAUUAAAGAGGAAGUGACUGAAUUCUGCACCAGCCUGGACCAGAAAGACCCAGAACCGUCACAGAUUAAAGAGGAACCAGAGGAAGUCUGUACCAGUCAGCAGAAAGAGCAGAUUGUACUGAAUCAAGCUACUGAUACCUUUCUAUUGACUUCAGCUGAUAAGGACGGUGACCACAGUGAACUAGAACCAAACAGGGACCAGCUCCUCUCUUACAAUUCACCAGUAGCUGAGAGCCCACAUCAGGAGGGAAGUAAGCAUGUAGACUCAGGGUCAACUAGAAAUGCAGUGCUGAAGCCAAAGAAGAGUCAUAACAGAGAGAGCAGUCACAGUAACAAUGUAGACAAGUCUUCAUUGUCAGGAAGUCACUGUGAUACAGACACAGGUAGAAAGUCUUUCAAAUGUGAUGUUUGUGGAAAGACCUUUAAGAAUAAGUACCAAAUGAAGAAACAUCACCAAAUCCACAACAGUGCAAAACCAAGUGCUUACAAUGCAUGCAGAAAAAAAUGUAAUUUACGCACUGACCUGAAAGUCCAUAUGAUAAUUGACAAAGGUGACAAACGGUUUUCUUGUGAAACAUGUGGGAAACGUUUCAGCAAAAAUAGUCAUCUGAAAGUCCACAUGAGAGCUCACACAGGUGACAAGCCAUAUUCUUGUGAGACGUGUGGCAAAAGUUUCUUUCAGAAUACAACCUUGUUGUUCCACAUGACAACUCACAACAGUGAGAAAGCGUUUUGCUGUGACAGAUGUGGGAAAAAAUUCAACAGAAGUGAUGUUCUAUAUGUCCACAUGAGAACUCACACAGGUGAGAAGCCGUAUUCUUGUAAAACCUGCGGACAAAGUUUCAGUCACAAAAGAUUUCUGACUAGCCACAUGAGAACUCAUACAGGUGAAAAGCCAUAUUCUUGUGACAGAUGUGGGAAAAGGUUCAGUGAACGUUGUAAUCUGACUGAGCACACGAGAACUCACACAGGUGAGAGGCCGUAUUCUUGUAAAACCUGCGGACAAAGUUUCAGUCACAAAAGAUGUCUGACUAGCCACAUGAGAACUCAUACAGGUGAAAAGCCAUAUUUUUGUGACAGAUGUGGGAAAAGGUUCAGUGAACAUAGUAAUCUGACUGUCCACAUGAGAACUCACACAGGUGAGAGGCCAUAUUCUUGUCAAGCAUGUGGUAAAAGUUUCAGUCACAGUAGUAGUCUGACUAAACACAUGAGAACUCACACAGGUAAGAAGCCAUAUUCUUGUCAAGCCUGUGGUAAAAGUUUCAGUUACAGUAGUAAUGUGACUAAACACAUGAGAACUCACACAGGUGAGAAGCCAUAUUCUUGUAAAACCUGUGGAAAAAGUUUCCGUCACAGUGGUCAUCUGACUAGACACAUGAGAACUCACACAGGUGAGACGCUGUAGUCCUGUAGUCAAUCCAAGAUUUAGGACGAAAUUAAUGGAACGUAUUUGUGUAAAAAUGGUCAAUUUAUCAAACAAUCUAGACACGGAAUCAAAAGAAUGUAAAUCACACGCAAGAUUCUAUUAUUGAAUCUCACUCUUCAAUCAUAGAACAAUUCAGAUACAUUAAGUGCAGUAGAAAGUACAAUAUUUUCCUCUGAAAUGCAGUGGAAUGGACAAAUAAGAGAAGAACUUUAAAAAUGCACUUAAUGGUCCACAGCAGUAAAUGUACUGAGUAACUUUACACCCCUAGUGAUUGCAGUUUGUAUGUUGUUUUGUUGUUUUCAGUGGUUCCUGGACGAAAGUGGGACUCUGUCUCAUUGGUAAUUACAAUCUUUCAUUGUUUAAUACCUUUUGGUCACUUGAUGUAUUUCCUUCCAGUGGUAAGUAAGUCAUUGCAUUUACCCAAAUAAUGUAUUUCAAUACAAAUUUGACUUUAGUGGAUCAGUUUCUACAACUUUAUAUUUCCACUUUAUUACAGUUCAGAGUUACUGGAACAAAAUUCAAAUGUGUGCCAUCAUUUUUAGAAUUAGAGCAUUCUUUUUUGACUAGACCUGCAGAUAUCACAAAAUAUUUGAGUAUUUUAAAAACAAAGUAGAAAAUUUAAAGAAGAACAUGAUUUCAAACCCAAAAAGUAAUUUAGGAUAUAGUACGAUUAAAAAUAAUAUUAUGAAUAAUAAAUCAUGCUCAUUUAGUUUUGAUAGAGUGAGUGUAACGGUAGUAAAUAAUGCGUUAAAAUUAAUUAUGCAUGUAAAAAGAAGAGUACAUUAUUCCCUUAUAAAAUUUAUUAGAAAAAUUAUGAUCACAAAAGCACCAGAAAUACUCUAUAAUAAACUCACUUUUUUCAGGGAUGUUCACCAGUAUUCAACAUGUCAAGCAGAUGAGGGGAGUUUUUUUCUACCUGCCUGUAGAACCAAUCAGUCACAGAAGACGGUGCGCUACAGGGCAAUGGUGGCAUGGAACUCACUACCACAGUUCUUGAACUUACAGUUAUAUGUGAGCACCUUUUGCAAAAGGUUGAGAUUAUUUCUACUGACUCAAGAAUAAUCAGAAAAUGGGUAUUCAGAUUAUGUAAUUAAAUGCUACAUUAGCUAUUUUUGCUUGUUAUUGUUUGAAUAAGCAUGUCUGUAAGACCUGAAUUUUUAGAUGUUAGAGCUACCUGAGAUUUCUUUAUGUCAUUUUAAUGUGUGAAUUAUUUAAUUUUUGUUUGACUGUUGUUUUGUUGUUAUUUUUAUUUGUCAAAGUAUGUAAUGUCUGGUUGUAUGUGCAUCCUGUUUUUGUCUGCCUGUCAUGGCGCAACUGUGUUUGUGUGGAGAAGUUUAGACCCCAGGAAGAAUAGCUUCUGUCUGUAUGGUAGCUAAUGGGGAUCUAAGUAAAUAAACAAUAAAACAGUUCA